AUGAGCAAAGCGUACGACCGGGUGGAAUGGAGCUUUCUCGAAAUUCUCAUGGGAAAAAUGGGAUUUGAUCCCCGAUGGAUUCAUUUGAUUAUGCGGUGUGUUUCCUCGGUAUCAUACCAAGUUCUUAUUAAUGGAGAAGCUAAAGGGAGCAUAACACCUUCUCGUGGACUACGACAGGGCGAUCCCUUAUCGCCAUUUCUAUUUAUUCUUUGCACGGACGUUCUGAUAUCGCAGAUCAAGCAAGCGGAACAAGAAAAUAAAUUUACUGGAAUGAUAAUCGCACGAGCUUGCCCAGCUGUAUCGCACUUACUGUUUGCGGACGAUUCUCUUUUUUUCUGCAAAGCUGAAGUUGAAGAUUGCAAAGAGCUGAUGCAUCUUAUUGAGGUCUACGGACAAGCCUCAGGACAGCAACUGAAUAAAGCAAAAUCUUCAGUUCUGUUCGGUUCUAAGGUCGUAGCGUCCCUAAAAACUGACCUGAAACGGUCGCUUGCUAUUAAUCAAGAAGGUGACAUGGGAAUGUAUCUCGGCCUACCAGAAAAGAUUUGUGGCUCCAAAAAACAUGUGUUCAGCUUCGUUCAAGAACGAUUAAACGAUCGAGCAAAUUCAUGGUCUUCUAAACUCCUCUCCAAAGGUGGAAAAGAAGUUCAAAUCAAGUCGAUAGCCCAAGCAGUUCCUACAUAUGUUAUGUCCUGCUACCUUCUGCCUCGGGGUAUUACGCAGAAGCUGACGAGUGCAGGCCACUAUUACCGUCACUGCAAUCCUAUGAGCGUGGACAAUGCGAGCAAUCCGUCAUAUGGCUGGAAGAGUCUAUUGGCCUCACGGCCAAUCCUACAACAGGGCCUGAGGAAGAAGAUAGGGAACGGGUAUGAUACAAAUGUGUGGGAAGACUUAUGGCUCCCGACCAUGCCAACUAGAGCAGCCUCUGGGAACGAUAACCAUAGAGACCCUGAUCUUCGGGUACAUCAUCUUAUAGACUUUAAUUCACAGACAUGGAACAUGGAGAUGCUUAACGAGUUCGUUGAUAAUGCUGACAUCCCGAUAAUCUCAUCGAUCCGCAUUAGCCGGACAGGUCGAAAGGAUAGUUUUUGUUGGGACUUCUCAAAAUCUGGGCUGUAUACGGUAAAAAUGGGUUACAAUGUAGCUCGCGACCUGCGACUUAAACAAGCCUCCCCACCGAUGUUAGAACCAAGCACUACUGGCCUUAAAAAAACAGUGUGGAAGACUCAAGCGCAGAGAAAACUAGAACACCUUCUAUGGCAAGCUGUCUCCGGUUAUAUAGCGACUUCAGGCCAACUCAAAGCUCGUCACUGUACCAGAGACAGUUCAUGUGUGCGUUGUGGAGCUGAGUAUGAGCCUAUUAAUCACACGCUCUUUGAAUGUCCGCCUGCUUUUCAAGCUUAG